AUGCGGCUGCAGCCCCUGCUGCAGACUGUCCUCUGGGCCGUGCUCCUCAGCUCCCCUCUGCGAGGGGGCUGUGGCCUCCGCCUUGCGGUCUACUGGAACUCCAGUAACCCCAGGCUGCUUCGAGGAGACGCUGUGGUGGAGCUGGGCUUCAAGGAUUACCUAGACAUCAUCUGCCCACACUAUGAGAGUCCAGGGCCCCCUGAGGGCCCCGAGACAUUCGCAUUAUACGUAGUGGACUGGGCGGGCUACAAGGCCUGCCGGGCUGAAGGGCCGGGUGCCUUCAAGCGCUGGGAGUGCUCCCACCCCUUCGCUCCCUUUGGCCCUGUUCGAUUUCCAGAGAAGAUUCAGCGCUUCACACCCUUCUCCCUUGGCAUGGAGUUCUUGCCUGGAGAGACCUACUACUACAUCUCAGUGCCAACUCCGGGGAGUCCUGGCCAAUGCUUGAGGCUCCAGGUGUCUAUCUGCUGCAAGGAGGACAAGCCUGAGUCAGCCCAUCCUGUUGGGAGCCGUGGAGAGAGUGGCACGUCAGGGUGGCAAGGAGGGGCCACUCCCAGUCCCCUCUGUCUCUUGCUGCUGCUGCUGUUUCCAAUUCUGCGACUUCUGAGAGUUCUCUGA